GCCACGUAGAAAAUGCCUUUCAUUAAGCAGCAAAAGAACAAGGCCUACUUCAAGCGCUUCCAGGUCAAGUACCGCAGAAGAAGAGAGGGUAAGACUGACUACUAUGCUCGCAAGAGACUCGUUGUUCAGGCCAAGAACAAGUACAACUCUCCCAAGUACAGACUUGUUGUCCGUUUCACCAACAAGGACAUCAUCUGCCAGAUCGUCUACGCUAAGCUCCAGGGUGACUUUGUUCUCGCUGCCGCUUACUCUCACGAGCUUCCCCGCUAUGGUAUCAAGGGUGGUUUGACCAACUGGGCUGCUGCCUACGCCACUGGUCUCCUCCUCGCCCGCCGUACCUUGACCAAGCUCGGCUUGGCCGAUAAGUACGAGGGUGUCACCGAGUCCGAUGGUACCGUCUCCAUGGUUGAGGCCAUCGAGGAUGGUCCCCGUCCCUUCAAGGCCUUCCUCGAUGUUGGUCUUGCCCGUACCUCCACUGGUGCCCGUGUCUUCGGUGCCAUGAAGGGUGCUUCCGAUGGUGGUAUCUUCGUUCCCCACUCCGGCAACCGUUUCCCCGGUUUCGAUAUCGAGUCCAAGACCAACGACGACGAGUUGUUGCGCAACUACAUCUAUGGUGUCCACGUUGCUGAGUACAUGGAGUACCUCGAGGAGGAAGAUGAGGAGCGUUACAAGAAGCAGUUCUCUACCUUCUUGAAGCAGGGUAUCACCUCUGACAAGGUUGAGGAUAUGUACACCGAGGCUCACGAGGCUAUCCGUGCUGACCCCGUCUACAAGCUCACCAAGAAGAACAUCCCCGCCAAGCCCUACCCUAUCCCCCAGCGUCUCAACAAGAAGCAGCGCGAUUCCAAGGUCCAGGCCAAGAAGGACGCCUUCGAGAAGAAGCGUGCUCAGGAGUAACUUUUUCACCCCCACAAAACUUGAAGAAAAUAAAUGCUUGCCCUUUCUUUUUUUGUACAAUCAACCUUUUAAUUUCUCUCUUUUGCUGUUAAAAAGACCUUUAUUCUUUUAUCGUUUUCGUUCUCUUUAUCUGUCUCUUUGUGUGUUUGUGUGUGUGUGCGCUAAUAAUUUAUUAUCU